AUGGCAAGUUCCCAACCAUCUAAAAAACCGUCCAAAACCACCGCUGGAGGCGGUGGGACGUCGUCCUCCGGGCAAUCUGUGAAGUUUGCCCGGAGAACGUCAAGCGGGCGUUACGUCAACUUAUCAAAAUAUGACGUUGAUACGCCCGGUGACUCAUCCGGGGAUUACAUGAAUUACACCGUGCACAUCCCCAACGAGCUUCCAGAGGCAUCCGUGGCUACGAAAGCCGAAGAACAAUACGUCUCUCACUCGCUUUUUAGCGGAGGUUUUAAUAGUGUGACUCGCGCCCAUCUCAUGGAUAAGGUAAUCGACUCCAAGGUGACGCACCCGCAAAUGGCCGGGUCGAAGGGCUCGUCGUGCGCAAUGCCGGCUUGUGACGGCAAGGUUGUGAAGGAUGAGAGAGGCGCUGAUAUUAUUCCGUGCGAAUGCCGGUUUAAAAUAUGUCGCGAUUGUUUUUUAGAUGCGCAAAAAGACACGGGGUUGUGUCCCGGGUGCAAAGAACCGUAUAAAACGGACGCGGAUGAUGACGUGCCUAGUGCAGCGUUAUCGCUACCCGGACCGGACGGUAAGCGUACGUCGUUGGUGAAAAGAAACCAAAAUGGGGAGCUUGAUCAUAACAAAUCGUUGUUUAACGAUUCGUCGGGUACGUAUGGCGUUGGUAACGCGUAUUGGCCGUCGGACGGUAGUGGUGGUGGGAAAGGGGGCGGCGGUGGUGGUUUUGAAGAUCCCGCGGAUAAACCUUGGCGGCCGCUCACGCGGCGGCUACCAAUGCCCGCGGGUAUUAUUAAUCCUUAUAGGUUAUUGAUAGUGGUUCGGUUAAUAGUUUUGUGUUUCUUUUUGACAUGGCGGGUUACGCACCCGAAUGAUGAUGCAAUGUGGUUGUGGUUCAUGUCGAUUAUAUGCGAGAUAUGGUUCGCGUUCUCGUGGAUACUCGAUCAGAUCCCGAAGCUUUGUCCGGUGAAUCGAUCUACGAAUCUCCAACUUCUUCGUGAUAAGUUUGAAACGAGCGACAAGAAAAUAAAUCCGUCAGGUCGUUCGGAUCUCCCCGGUGUUGAUUUCUUUGUAUCGACUGCGGAUCCGGAGAAAGAGCCACCCUUGGUCACCGCCAACACCAUCCUCUCGAUCCUGGCUGUCGAGUAUCCAGUUGAGAAGCUCGCUUGUUACAUAUCGGAUGAUGGUGGUGCGCUUUUGAAUUUCGAGGCAUUGGCGGAGGCUUGUAGUUUUGCUAAUCUAUGGGUCCCGUUUUGUCGAAAACACGACAUUGAGCCGCGAAAUCCAGAUUCUUAUUUCUCGUUGAAAGGUGAUCCGACCAAGAACAAGAAACGAGCGGAUUUCAUCAAAGACCGGAGGAGAAUGAAACGAGAGUAUGACGAGUUCAAGGUGAAGAUCAAUAAUUUGCCGGAUUCUAUAAGGAGAAGAUCGGAUGCGUUUAACGCGAGGGAGGAGAUAAAGACACUAAAGACCAUUCGGGAACGUGGUAUUGACCCGACCGAGCCAAUAAAGAUUAAACGGGCCACAUGGAUGGCCGAUGAAACUCAUUGGCCCGGUACAUGGGCUAAUCCGAGUCGUGAUCAUGCUAAAGGCGAUCAUGCUGGUAUCGUACAAGUAAUGUUAAAGCCUCCGUCGCCUGACCCAUUAUAUGGGUCAGGGGAAGAAGGCCUUAUUGACUACUCAGACGUCGAUAUAAGAUUACCAAUGCUUGUAUAUAUGUCACGGGAGAAACGUUCUGGCUAUGACCAUAACAAGAAAGCCGGGGCAAUGAAUGCACUUGUGCGUUCAUCCGCGGUUCUCUCUAACGGACCGUUUAUCUUGAACUUAGACUGCGACCACUAUAUAUACAACUGCAUGGCGGUUCGAGAAGGAAUUUCCUUCAUGAUGGACCGAGGCGGUGAGGACAUUUGCUACAUUCAAUUCCCGCAACGGUUUGAAGGAAUCGAUCCUUCAGACCGUUACGCCAACCACAACACUGUCUUCUUCGACGGAAACAUGCGUGCACUAGACGGUGUACAAGGGCCGUUUUACGUGGGGACCGGAUGCAUGUUCAGACGUUUCGCACUAUACGGUUUCGAUCCACCAAAACCCGACUUGUUAACAUCCAAAAAGAAAGACGACGACGCCGCUCGAUCCCCCGCCGAGACACAAGCAUUAAAGGCGACCGAUUUCGACCCCGAACUCGACGUCAACGAGUUACCAAGACGAUUCGGAAACUCGAUACUUUUAUCAAACUCAAUCCCCAUAGCCGAGUUUCAAGGCCGCCCUAUCGCCGACCACCCGGCCGUUAAAUACGGGCGGCCACCAGGCGUCCUCCGGAACGCCCGCGAACCGCUCGACGCCACUACAGUCGCCGAAGCCGUUUCUGUAAUUUCUUGUUGGUACGAGGACAAAACCGAGUGGGGUGACCGCGUGGGUUGGAUAUACGGAUCCGUAACCGAAGACGUAGUCACCGGAUAUCGAAUGCACAACCGCGGGUGGCGGUCGAUAUACUGCCUAACAAAACGAGACGCUUUUCGCGGGUCAGCUCCGAUCAACCUCACCGAUAGACUCCACCAAGUUCUGCGAUGGGCGACCGGAUCAGUGGAAAUAUUCUUCUCUAGGAACAAUGCAUUUUUAGCAUCAAAACGGCUCAAAUGGUUGCAACGUUUAGCGUACAUUAACGUUGGUGUUUACCCGUUCACGUCACUUUUUUUGAUAGUUUAUUGUUUUCUACCGGCGCUAUCGUUGUUAUCGGGUCAUUUUAUAGUUAAGAAUGUGAAUGCGACAUUUUUGAUAUACUUGUUGUUGAUGACGUUGUGUUUGAUUGGGCUUGCGGUGUUGGAAAUACGAUGGUCGGAAGUGUCGUUAGAAGAUUGGUGGCGGAAUGAGCAGUUUUGGUUGAUUUCUGGGACUAGUGCACAUUUUGCAGCUGUUAUUCAAGGGCUUUUAAAGGUGUUGGCCGGAAUCGAGAUUUCGUUUACAUUGACCGCGAAAGCGGUUGAAGAUAGCGAUGAUAUUUACGCCGAGUUAUAUCUUGUGAAAUGGACGUCACUCAUGAUUCCUCCGAUUGUUAUCGCGAUGAUUAAUGUUCUUGCGAUGGUGGUUGCAUUCUCGAGGACAAUCUACAGCAUAACACCACAAUGGGGGAAGUUCGUCGGGGGUGCAUUUUUCAGUUUUUGGGUGUUGGCUCAUUUGUACCCGUUUUUCAAAGGGCUGAUGGGAAGGAAAAAAAAGACGCCAACGAUUGUGUUUGUGUGGUCUGGGCUCAUCGCUAUCACACUCUCGUUGUUGUGGGUUGCUAUAAAUCCUAACUCCGGCCCGACCGAUGCAAAUACGGGUGGAUCUAGUUUUAAAUUUCCAUAAAAGAAUAAGAUGUAUGUUUGUGACAUUAGUGUUAACCAUAUUAGAACAGGUUCGGCAGUUGCAAUUUUUUCUAUUUUUUUUUUUUUUUUUUGGCAUUGAAGUGGUCAGUUUUGUUUUUUUAUAGGAUGUUAGUAAGACAUUUUAACUAGAAAAAGCACACUUAUUAUAACUCUUGUAAUCAAUUAACACCUACAUUUUAAUUAGAGGAAAGCGUUAAAAACAUUGUAUUUUUUUUUAACGGCAAAUUUGGAUCACUGACGGACUGGAGUAUGAUCGUGCCACCAGCGGAACCACCCGAUCAUAUCCAUCUCCACUAGACAUAAUGCCUAUUACACCAAUUCAGGAUGAAACCUAAUAAA